AUGUACCAUACCUAUAACCCGUUUGACCAGCCAGAGUUAAUAGCGCAUAUUAUCAAAAAUCUAGCACCAAAAGAUCUCGCAAAAUGUCUUCAUAUCAAUCAAAUAUGGAAUAAGGAAGCAAAACGUGAGUUCUUUAUAAGGCAAGAAAAACUUGAAGAUAUAUUUUGGGAAUUAGAUUCAGAAUUAGAAGAAGCUAGAGAAGAAUAUGCCUGGUGGAUUGGUGGAGCUAAUCCGAAAAUCGAAGACCCUUAUGUAAGAAUAAAUUCUUUGAAUAGUAAGUUGUUUGGAAUUAUUAAAAGACUGCAAGAAUUAGAACAUUACAUGUUGAGUAAUAAUAUCAUUGAUAGAAUAGAGGGGGCACAUUAUAUGUAUGGUAAGGUUAUUUCAAUAUGA